UUCAUAAAUAUCAGUUUCAAAUAUGGUACACACUGCAAAGAAGAAAAUACGAAAGCACAGAGGUGUAAGACGAGUCACCACUGAGUAAUGAUGUCCUCAAUACUAUUGUCUUGUUCUUAUUCCCAGAUGCUGCUGAGAAACCAUUAGAUGGAACUACUUCAACAGACAGUAGUAAUCCUCCAUCAGAGACUGAAGACUAUAAUCUCUAUAAUCAGUUCAAAUCUGCACCAUCUGACAGUUUAACAUACAAAUUGGCUUUGUGUCUUUGUAUGAUCAAUUUCUAUCAUGGAGGGUUAAAAGGAGUGGCACACCUCUGGCAGGAGUUUGUUCUUGAAAUGCGCUUCAGAUGGGAAAACAACUUUCUGAUUCCAGGAUUAGCAAGUGGGCCACCAGAUCUAAGAUGUUGUUUACUACAUCAGAAACUACAGAUGUUAAAUUGUUGUAUUGAAAGAAAGAAGGCACGUGAUGAGGGGAAAAAAACAAGCACUUCAGAAAAUGUAACUAAUAUAUAUCCAGGGGAUGCUGGAAAAACUGGAGACCAGUUAGGAUCAGACCAUCUCAAAUAUACAGAUAAGGAAAAGGGAGAGGUGGGAAAAUCUUCGGAUUCCUGGAGUGACAGUGAAGAAGAAUUUUUUGAAUGCCUAAGUGAUACUGAAGAACUUAAGGGAAAUGGACAAGAGAGUGGAAAGAAAGGAGGGCCCAAGGAGAUGGCAAAUUUAAAGCCAGAAGGGCGUCUUUAUCAGCAUGGGAAACUCACACUGCUACAUAAUGGAGAACCUCUCUAUAUUCCAGUAACCCAGGUAGGAUACACAGGCUUUUUCAGUCUCAAUUCCUUUUUGUUGUGGUUUAUGUAACUUAAUCCUCGUAAGAGAUUAUUGCUUUAGCUAGGGGUUCCAAGGCCACAAUGGGGGUAAGGGGAAAAGUUUGUGAGACCCCAUCUCAACCGAUAGUUGGGUGUGGUAGUGUGUACCUGUCGUCCCAAGCUAUGUGGGAGGCUGAGAUCACAAGUAUUACAGUCUUGCUUGGCCAUGGCAAAAAUUG